AUGGCUGACGCUGAGGGCCAGUACGGCUUCCCAGACGACGGCGCAGAUGAUGACCAGUCCAUUAUCUCGACCCGCGGUCUAGAGGCCUUCAGUCGCAAGGUCACCACUACUGCGAGCCACUUGAUGGGCCCCCAAUCCACCGAUCCCUCUGCAAACCCGUACCAUAGCGCAAUGUCAGAAGUUCACAAGCAGCUCAAGCGACCUGGUGUCCAGCGGGGUGUCUUCUCCGUCGCCCGCACGACGCCGACCGAUUUGGUGCGCUCCAGGCUAUCAACAACCGAGAUUCAGCACCGAGCCCUGACCUACCUCCCCGACGAGCUUCUGACAAACAUCCCGGACCACCAAAACUCAUAUUCCCUGUUCCAGGGCUUCAAGGCCACUUUUCCCGAGCUGACGGAGGAGGGCAAGAAGCAUCGGCGCCGUGCUUCUAGGGGAAGAAAACUGAUGCUGGAAGAUGCUCAGUCCGCCCCGGGAAGUAUAAAACGGCUGCAACAACUGAAAAAGGACAAGGCCGCCAUGCUGCACGAGUUCCAGCUCUUCGGUAUCCGGAAAAGUAUGGCUAGCAGCGAGAUUCGGGAAAUCGAUAACAAAAUCGCCAAUCUCCACGGGAUGAGAAGAAUUAUACUGGACAGGUUAGCUUCGCUGGAGCAGGAGGAGGCUUUGCUAGAGCACGAGAACGUCAUGCUCACUGGCCUCGUAGUCGUUGAAAUCGAAGGCCGACUUGAGGAGGCGCAAGUUUUGGCUGAUGAGGCGGAGGAGAUCGCUCGAAACAUGGCUACUCAGGAUGAAAAAGACUUGGUUAUAGAUGCCGACGACCACGAAUUCAUGUCACAAUCAGUCUACGAAAAGAUACCAGGAUCAUCAGAGAACGGACCCCGCAAAGCGAAGAAGGUACACCGCAAGAUAUCAAUGCCUAUCCUUCACGAGCACUUUGAAGCAGGAUCAAGCAUUCGCGAAAUUCGGGCACACCAGGACAGCAUCACCGCCCUUGACUUCGAUGCCCCCUUUGGAACCAUGGCAACAGCAGCAUUGGACGAUACAGUACGGGUCUGGGAUCUGAACGCCGGCAGGUGUAUGGGUCAUUUGCAAGGUCAUACGGCUUCAGUACGGGCACUGCAGAUUGAGGAUAAUAUCCUAGCGACAGGUUCGAUGGAUGCUACAAUCAAGCUCUGGGACCUGAGCCGAAGCAGAUACGAUCCCCAUGGAGGUCUCGGCAAGGACGAUGCAGAAGAGGACGCCAUUGCAUGGGAAAACCCCGACGAUCAACCUGUAGAUCCCCCCGAGGGAAGCAUGGAUAACUGUGAACUUUAUACCUUGAGGGCACAUGUGGACGAGAUCACGGCCCUUCACUUUAGAGGCGACGUCAUGGUUUCCGGCUCAGCAGACAAGACGAUUCGACAUUGGGAUCUGGAGAAAGGCCGGUGCGUGCAGACUCUUGACGUGAUGUGGGCUGCCGCCCAAGCUUCAGCGACCAUUGGCAGCGGAGACAAUACAUGGAGACCGACUGGGCGCUCAUCCACAAGAUCGGCAGAUUUCGUUGGAGCCCUCCAGGUCUUCGAGACGGCUCUGGCAUGUGGCACAGCAGAUGGCAUGGUUCGGCUCUGGGAUCUUCGAAGCGGUCAAGUGCAUCGAAGUCUAGUUGGACACACAGCCGCCGUAACCUGCCUACAAUUCGACGAUGUUCACCUCGUAACAGGCAGCUUGGACAGGAGUAUUCGAAUCUGGGAUCUACGGACAGGGUCGAUCUACGAUGCCUACGCUUAUGAUAACCCAAUUACGAGCAUGAUGUUUGAUGCCCGACGGAUCGUCAGCGCUGCUGGUGAGGAUGUUGUAAAGGUGUACGAUAAGGUAGAGGGCAGGCAGUGGGACUGCGGCGCUGGCAUCACCGCAGCAGAGGAAGGCAAACAACCUUCGAUUGUCGAGCGGGUACGCGUAAAGGACGGCUAUCUGGUGGAAGGUCGCCAGGACGGCAUUGUCGGUUCCACUCAACAACGGCUACUACUCAAAUAUUGUCGGGCAGCAAUUCUGAUCUCUGGAGAAGCCCCAGCCGACCAAACGGCAGAUGCCAAAGAUCGGGACCUCGAAAGCAAGGCCAAUCUCGCAGAUUUCGCAGAGGGCGAAGCAACUCGGCAGUUAUUAAAACGGCAAGCAAAACUUAUUGCACAGGCCCACAGGGUAUUACAGUCCCAAGAUGGCACAGGCUCAAAUGGCACCGUCAAUCUCAAGCUUGUCGCCAAGAGAUUGGACGACGUCUCAUCCAUUGCCAUGUCGAAGUUCUACUCUUACAGGUAUGACCAAGUUCCGGAGUUUUGGAGGCAUAUUUAUACCGAGGCUUUGGUUCUGAAAACGCACUACCAUUUGUUGGUCUCAGUUUCUGAGAAGUCGACAGUCUCCGAGGAAACUUUUGAUCUGAUGGUUGAGACCCUCGAUAGGGCUCUUAUUACAGCUGGAGGAUACGGAAAGUAUUUAAAUCCAAAAUGGAUCGAAGAUACCAUAUCAUGCCUGGACCUUUUAUGGAGGGAGGGCCAAAACACAGCCGAGGGGUAUUCAGCGAAACAAACCGAAAAUGAGCCCGGCAAGUCUGAGUUCCCUUUGACAGAACCAUACGGCCGGCCGGCUCUACGGAAGGACAGGGAAUGCCCUCGCCAUCCGGGCUGGACGCUCGAGCAAUUCGAGAACUGCAUUAACUCCGGGAACGAUCCUCAACCCAUGGUCUUCCCGAAUCUAAUAUGCGACUGGCCAGCGCUCCAGGGCUGCCCCUGGAAGAGCAGAGACUACCUCCUCUCUAAAACCCUAGGUGGCAGGCGUCUCGUCCCGGUAGAGGUAGGCCGCAGCUAUGUGGACGACGGCUGGGGCCAAGAGCUCAUACCCUUCCGGGACUUCCUGGGCAAGUAUAUUACCCCCCACGAGGCGGAAACCGGGGAUGGUGCCCAGCCAGUUGGGUAUCUGGCCCAGCAUGAUCUCCUGCGUCAGAUCCCCGCCCUUAGGAACGAUCUGCUCGUGCCGGAUUUCUGCUGGUCGGAUGCCCCCAAGCAUCCCAGCGACCCGGCAAUGGAUCAUCCCACUCUAGAUACGCCGCAGCUGAAUGCGUGGUUUGGGCCGGCAAAGACAAUCACGCCGUUACACACAGACGGCUAUCACAAUAUCCUCUGCCAGGCUGUGGGGGCCAAAUAUCUGCGGCUCUACCCACCGUCGGCCACGGCUGCCAUGAGGCCACGGCCACCAGAGCACGGGGUGAAUAUGAGCAACACGAGUGCGUUGGAUGUUGGGAUCCUUGAAGGGUGGGAUCCGCUUCCGGAGGACAUGGAUGAGAGAAUGUUGGAAGAGGUUAGAGAGGAACUGAGAGGUGUUGAGUAUACAGAGUGCAUUCUCGGGCCAGGGGACGCCCUAUAUAUACCAAUCGGAUGGUGGCACUACGUCCGGAGUUUAAGUGUCAGUUUCAGCGUCAGCUUUUGGUGGAAUUGA